GGGGAGAAAACUGAGAACCUUGAACCGACGGCAGAGCACGAGCCCACAGGGACAGAGAGUGAGAGGGAAGGAGGUACAGGGAACAAAAGCAGACAACAGAACAGAGAGAAACAGAACAAGGAGCGAGGAAGAGAUAAGUGAGGGACAGGCAGAACACUGAUAAGCACAUGGUGUGAAAAUGCCUACAAACUUCACAGUGGUUCCUGUGAAGGAUGCCAGGAAGUCCCGGGAAGAGGAGGAGGAGUAUGAUGAAGAUGAUGUGGAUGACAACAAUGUCUUCAGAGAGGAAGACGAGGCUGCCCCCUUCCCAGGCGAUGGCAUGCCAAAGGAAAGCAGUCCGUUCAUUAACAACACAGACCAUGACAAAGGGAAUCUAUACGAUGGGAAGAACAUGGCCCUCUUCGAGGAAGAGAUGGACAGCAACCCCAUGGUGUCCUCGCUGCUCAACAAGUUGGCCAACUACACCAACCUCACCCAGGGGGUCAAAGAGCACGAGGAGGCAGACGAUGACGAGGGGCCAGCCAGGAGUAAGAAACCAGUCAAGAGUCCCGCGUUGGGCACAUUAAUUGGGGUGUACCUGCCCUGCCUGCAAAACAUCCUGGGGGUCAUCCUGUUCCUGCGUCUCACCUGGAUCGUGGGAACCGCCGGCAUCAUGGAAUCCCUUGCCAUUGUGGUGAUGACCUGCUCCUGUACAAUGCUGACAGCCAUAUCAAUGAGUGCCAUCGCUACGAAUGGUGUAGUUCCAGCUGGAGGUUCCUACUACAUGAUCUCAAGGUCGCUGGGGCCAGAGUUCGGCGGGGCCGUGGGGCUCUGCUUCUACCUGGGGACCACCUUCGCUGGCUCCAUGUACAUUCUCGGUACUAUAGAGAUUCUGUUAACCUACAUUGUGCCUAGUGCGGCCAUCUUCAAGGCAGAGAAGAAGGAGAAUGAGCCGGAGGCACUGCUCAACAACAUGCGGGUGUACGGCACCUGCUGCCUCACCCUCAUGUCCCUGGUGGUGUUCGUGGGGGUCAAGUACGUCAACAAGCUGGCCCUGGUCUUCCUGGCUUGUGUCAUCCUCUCCAUUCUGGCUAUCUACGCCGGAGUCAUCAAGACCGCCUUCGAACCGCCGGACUUCCCUAUUUGCCUGUUGGGGAACCGCACGUUGCAGAACCACAACUUCGACCAGUGUUUGAAGACGAUGGAGGUGGACAACGUGACAGUCACCACCAAGCUGUGGUCCCUGUUCUGUGACUCUCCAGAGCUCAACGCCACCUGCAACGAAUACUUCACUCUCAACAACGUCACUGUGAUCCAGGGAAUCCCUGGCCUGACCAGCGGGGUCAUCAGAGACAACAUCUGGGGGGACUACGGUCCUAACGGCAUGUUGGUAGAGAAUAAGCACCAGGUGUCGGAGCCGGCUGCAGACACCUCCCAGGAUAUAUACAUGCCCUACGUGGCCAAUGACAUCACCACCUUCUUCACCCUGCUGGUGGGCAUCUACUUCCCCUCCGUCACAGGAAUCAUGGCUGGAUCCAACAGGUCUGGUGAUCUCAGGGACGCCCAGAAGUCCAUCCCCAUAGGAACCAUCAUGGCCAUCGCCACCACCACCUUCAUCUACAUUAGUUCUGUCAUACUGUUUGGCGCCUGCAUCGAGGGGGUGGUGCUCAGAGACAAGUUUGGGGACUCGGUCAAAGGGAACCUGGUGAUUGGCAUCCUGGCUUGGCCCUCCCCCUGGGUGAUUGUGAUUGGCUCGUUCUUCUCAUGCUGUGGAGCAGGUCUACAGAGUCUCACUGGAGCCCCCCGGCUGCUGCAGGCCAUCGCAAGAGACGGCAUCGUGCCAUUCCUACAGGUGUUUGGUCAUGGCAAGGCUAAUGGAGAGCCCACCUGGGCCCUGCUGUUGACUGGUGGGAUCUGUGAGAUCGGUAUCCUCAUUGCUUCUCUGGACGCUGUCGCCCCCAUCCUCUCCAUGUUCUUUUUGAUGUGCUACCUGUUUGUUAACCUGGCCUGUGCCCUCCAGACCCUGCUCUGCACCCCCAACUGGAGACCCCGCUUCAAGUUCUACCACUGGGCUCUGUCUUUUCUGGGCGCCAGUCUGUGUGUCUCCCUGAUGUUUAUCUCCUCCUGGUACUAUGCCCUGGUAGCCAUGCUCAUCGCUGGCUGUAUCUACAAGUACAUUGAAUACAGAGGGGCGGAGAAGGAGUGGGGUGACGGUAUCCGUGGUCUAUCGCUCAACGCUGCCCGCUACGCCCUCAUUCGCCUGGAGGAGGCACCGCCCCACACCAAGAACUGGAGGCCCCAGAUGCUGGUGCUAUUAAACCUGGAGUCUGACCACACGGUGAAACACCCACGCCUGCUCUCCUUCUGCACCCAGCUCAAAGCAGGGAAAGGCCUGACCAUCGUGGGCUCUGUGCUGCAGGGCACCUACAUGACCAAGGAGGACGAGGUCAAGAAGGCCGAGCAGAACGUCAAGUCGUCGAUGACGACGGAGCGUACCAAGGGCUUCUGCCAUGUGGUGGCAUCGUCCAACCUGCGCGAUGGUUUCUCCCACCUCAUCCAGACGGCAGGCCUGGGGGGCAUGAAACACAACACAGUCCUUAUGGCCUGGCCCGGCACUUGGAAACAGUCUAAUGACCCCGUUUCCUGGAAGAACUUCAUAGAAACUGUGAGGGAGACCACGGCGGCAAAUCAGGCCUUACUGGUGGCCAAGAACGUGGACAGCUUCCCCACCAACGCAGAUCGCUUGGGCGAGGGCACCAUAGACGUGUGGUGGAUCGUCCACGACGGAGGACUGCUCAUGCUGCUACCCUUCCUCCUCCGCCAGCACAAGGUGUGGAGGAAGUGUAAGAUGCGUAUCUUCACGGUGGCUAAUAUGGAUGACAACAGUAUUCAGAUGAAGAAGGACUUGCAGAUGUUCCUCUACCACCUCCGUCUGGACGCUGAGGUGGAGGUGGUGGAGAUGCACGACAGCGACAUCUCAGCCUUCACCUAUGAGAAGACCCUGGUGAUGGAGCAGCGCUCUCAGAUGCUGAAACAGAUGCAGCUGUCGCGGACGGAGAGGGAGAGAGAGAUUCAGAGUAUCACCGACACAUCGCGUAGCUCCAUCAGGAGGAAGAACCAGACCGGAGCCUCAGGCUCCGAAUCUGACCCCAGUCGACAGCUGGAGGACACACAGGAGGACGAGGCCCAGCUGAUCCACGACAGAAACACGGCGUCCCAUGCCGCGCUCCACGACAAGCCGGACACCGGCCCUGACCGAGUCCACAUGACGUGGACAAAGGAUAAGUUCCUCUCCGAGCGCAACCGUAACCGCUCCGAGGCCAACAUGGGAGUGCGCGACCUCUUCAACAUGAAACCAGAGUGGGAGAGUCUGAACCAGUCCAACGUGCGCCGGAUGCACACUGCGGUCAAGCUGAAUGAGGUGGUGGUGAACAGGUCCCAAGGAGCUCACCUGGUCCUGCUCAACAUGCCGGGACCGCCCAAAAACAGAGGGGGUGACGAGAACUACAUGGAGUUCCUGGAGGUUCUGCUUGAGGGUCUCAACCGGGUCCUCCUGGUCCGCGGGGGCGGCCGCGAGGUCAUCACUAUCUACUCUUAAACGCUCGUUCCCACGAAAUGGCGUGCACGGGCCACGGCAAUAGGUGGCAUUUUAGGGAGAAAUACUCCUUUGGGUUGCUGUGGGAUUGUAGGAGGGGGUGGGCCAUGGUAUUGGACAGAGAACUUCAUGACCUCGGAAGGGACGACCAAUCAGAGUUGUGUGAUAGCAUCGCCCUGAUUCGUGGAGAGAGCACAGGUGUCCUGGGGCCUGCCUAUCACGCCGAGCGACUGAAGGAUACAGCAUUCAUACACUUUAACUUUUAAUUUUACACGUGUUGAUGUUUAUUGUUCAGAUUUUCUUAUUCCCUCCUCACUCUCUGUCUCUGUGUGUUUUGAGUUGUCAUGUAUGUUCAUGGUAAUUGUGUACCAUGGGCCCUAGUCAUGUGUAAUGCACUAUGUAGGGAAUCAUCAUUUAGUUUGUCCUCAUUUUGGUUCAAUUUGAUGUCAACCGGCUGCCUCUUAAGGUAUCUCUCAGCUCAGAAAUCCAUCUCCUAUGAACCCUGAAAUAGAUGAAUAUUUCCUGGUCCAUCUAAUAUCUGUAUGAACUAAAUAGAAACAUUUUAACCUGGAAUAAUAUGCUUCGGUGAAUCGUUGCAGUAUCCUAGCCCACAGCAGAUCUCUGUUCGAGUGGAUGGAGGUGGCAAGUCCAAAACAAAGCUUACUUUUAUUUCAAAUCUGUCCCACACAUGAAGUUGUUGCUAUAGCUUUCCUGAGCUCCAUUGUCCCUUGAUUAUUAAAGGUGGGGUCAUAUUAGGAGCUCUUCCGUACUACCGGUACACUCUUAUUCAUCUGAAUCUACUCGCAGAGGAGUUCUGUCAACCUCACUUCCAAUUGAGGAAGUUAGGAGGUUUAGCUCGUAAGUGGAUGGCUCCACUAGGUUGGACUAGGGUUCAUUCAUUUAUUUCAAUUGUCAAGGGAUUAAUUGUUAAUGUUGCUUGUGCUAAUUGUCGGCUCGUUGUUGUUGAGUGCAGCACAAAGUCUGAAAGAGGUGUGUGUGUGUGUGUGUGUGUGUGUGGCGGGGGGCUUUGGCAAGGGAUAGGCCAAGGAUUUGGUUGUGCAAUAGAUGCUGUUGAUGUGGUGACUUGCAGACAUCUCACUAAGCCCUGAGACACUGAAGGUGGUCCACCUUGCCUGGGAUGUCUCCUGAAUGGACCCUGUGGUAUUGGCUCUGUAGCAUUGGUCAAAGCCCCCCAAGUACAGCCGUUGCAUUGGGAAGAUAGCCAUACUAUAUAAUAUUGUGUUUAGCCCUUGCUGACUAUAUAUUACACACAGUACACCGUAUUAAUCAUAUUUAUAUAAAGAUUCACAAAGUUGCGUUUUAUUGGAAAUCGUAUUCAAGGGUUGAGUUACUGAAAACAUGCUGUCUCUUAGAGAAAUCAUAUAGGACAGAUGUGGGGGCCAUAGGAUGUGGGGGCCAUAGAAACCAGCUGAUCACACUGUUCAAUGGCAGGAUUUGUUCUCCUAUUAUUUGUAUGCUUAGUCUCUAGGUUUCAUGUCAGCUGACCCCGAUGAAUCAUUUUGACUUUGUAUGGGGAAAAAGAGUGCCAAAUAGACUGAUGUGAAAGUAAAUGUUUUGUGCACGCGUUAACAGACGAAGGUGCUUGUAGGGCGGGGCGGCCAAGAUCACCUUUAAUUUGUAAAUACAUUAUAAGGUAUUAUAAUCACUUAAUUAUUUUGAUUUGGAAACAGAUUUACACACAUUUGAACACAAAUUAUUAGCUAAAAGAACAUUUUGAGUUUCUGGUUACAAAAUUGAAAAGGCACUCGCACAUCUGAGCUCUCUUUGUUGCAGGUGCAUGGUAACAUUUGAAUAAGAUGAGGGGGGAAAAAGAGAGCUCUGACGAAGGACUUGAGGCCGAUACGUAAAGCUUAAUAAAGAGCAGUGAUGCCAACGAGCAGUAUGCAGGUUCCUAGUUACAAAAUGACUUCCUUGUAGGCUGCAUAUUAACAGUAGAGGCAAUGGCAUCUGUGAUUUCUAGGGCACAUGUAGGCUACUUCUAUAGGCAACUGGCACCAGAUAUAGGAAACUAUUGGGACAAAGGAAGGAAUCACUCCCCUAACUCCUGUAUAUACCUCCGCAUUUUAUUUUGAACUUUUUUGUAGCUGUGUAGUAUUUUGUAACCAGAACAUUGUAUUUUUCAACAGUAUGUCUCAAUGAGUGUCUCUGUUGUUGUAGAGUCCACCAUCAGUUAGACAAUGUUGUGUCUAGUAGUCGUAGUGUCUGUCUGCACUUAACAGUUACGUUAUACCUGACUCUGUGACUUUUCAGGACUGGAGUCUUGUGAUUUUAAGGAGGGGUGGGGGUUAUAUGUCAAGACGUUUGCAGGUAUGUUUGUGUUUUUUCCUAACCCAUUGGAAACACAACAUGGACAAGGUUUUUGAAGACCUCUGCUUGGACUGGUGGAGAUUUCACAGAAAGGAUUUUAUAGGAGCCAGUUGGAGAAUGGGUUAUGUUACUAAUAUGAUUUUAAGUUCAUUUAACAUGUUUUAUUAUUUUAAGGUUUCUAGCCCCCAAAGAUCAAAUCUUUGAGUCUGAUAUGAAAUAUCACGUUGUUAAUAGUGUAAAAAACCUUAGAGGACACAAAGCUAAGGCUUCUGGGUAACUGCAUAGGACGUGUAAGCAGCAUAUGUUCCACCAAUCUGGUUUAAGUGACGAGAGAAUGUAAUCUACCUCGAGGUGAAUACCGUGGAGGCUUGUCAAAGGAGAAUUAACCUGUUCGAAUCGUUUUCUUUUUUUUUUCUCUGUAAAUGGUAACCAUUUUUUAUAUGAAGCGAUUCCAAGCGAUUGAGGAGUGAGCCUCCGCUCAUUCUGAGGGAGAAGCAGUGCAUCCACGUGUGGUGGUACUGCUGCUGCUGUCCAGCUUAGUGGAUACACGUCACAGACUCUAGUAGGAAGUCACUUGUGGGCAUACACGUAGUGGAGGGUAGCCCUUUUAAAUUGUAUCUGUGCCUCUGAGUAAAUAUAAAUAAAAGUGCUGAAUUAUGUCAGAACUG